UCUCGGGUUUUGCAGCCUGACUGUCCCCCAGCCCCAGAGCGCCGCGGCUGUCUGCUGGGCUCGCGAGCCGCGGAGCAGCUCCGGUCGCCCCGCGCUGCCCUCCCCGUGCCGCCUGGCCCGCCGCCUCGAGCGCCCUCAGCUCCUCAAGCCAGAUGAUGAACUUCCUGAGGCGCCGGCUGUCGGACAGCAGCUUCAUCGCCAACCUGCCCAAUGGCUACAUGACUGACCUUCAGCGCCCGGAGCCGCAGCAGCCCCCGCCCGCCCCCGGCCCCGGUGCCGCUCCGGCAUCGGCGGCCACCUCAGCCGCCGCCUCGCCCGGCCCCGAGCGCAGGCCGCCGCCCGCCCAGGCGCCCGCGCCGCAGCCCGCGCCGCAGCCCGCACCGACGCCGUCGGUGGGCAGCAGCUUCUUCAGCUCGCUGUCGCAAGCCGUGAAGCAGACGGCCGCCUCCGCCGGCCUGGUGGAUGCGCCCGCGCCGGCCGCUGCCAGGAAGGCCAAGGUGCUGCUGGUGGUCGACGAGCCGCACACCGACUGGGCCAAGUGUUUUCGGGGCAAAAAAGUCCUUGGAGAUUAUGACAUCAAGGUGGAACAGGCGGAAUUUUCAGAGCUUAACCUGGUGGCCCAUGCAGAUGGAACAUAUGCCGUGGAUAUGCAGGUGCUCCGGAAUGGCACAAAGGUUGUCCGGUCCUUCAGACCAGACUUUGUGCUCAUCCGACAGCAUGCCUUUGGCAUGGCGGAGAAUGAGGACUUCCGCCACCUGAUCAUUGGCAUGCAGUAUGCAGGCCUCCCCAGCAUCAACUCACUGGAAUCCAUUUACAACUUCUGUGACAAGCCAUGGGUGUUUGCCCAGAUGGUAGCCAUCUUGAAGACCCUGGGAGGGGAGAAAUUCCCACUCAUUGAGCAGACAUACUAUCCCAACCACCGAGAGAUGCUUACACUGCCUACAUUCCCGGUGGUGGUGAAGAUUGGCCAUGCUCAUUCAGGCAUGGGCAAGGUCAAAGUGGAAAAUCACUACGACUUCCAGGACAUUGCUAGUGUGGUGGCCCUCACCCAAACCUAUGCCACAGCAGAACCCUUCAUUGAUGCCAAGUAUGACAUCCGGGUUCAGAAGAUUGGCAACAACUACAAGGCUUACAUGAGGACAUCCAUCUCAGGGAACUGGAAGACAAACACUGGCUCUGCAAUGCUGGAGCAGAUCGCCAUGUCAGACCGGUACAAGCUCUGGGUAGAUGCCUGCUCUGAGAUGUUUGGUGGCCUGGACAUCUGUGCAGUCAAAGCUGUACAUGGCAAAGAUGGGAAAGACUACAUUUUUGAGGUCAUGGACUGUAGCAUGCCACUGAUUGGGGAACACCAGGUGGAGGACAGACAACUCAUCACAGAUCUAGUCAUCAGCAAGAUGAACCAGCUAUUGUCCAGGACUCCUGCCCUGUCUCCUCAGAGACCCCUAACCACCCAGCAGCCACAGAGUGGAGCACUUAAGGAACCGGACUCCAGCAAGACCCCACCUCAGCGGCCACCCCCCCAAGGGGGCCCUGGGCAACCCCAAGGAAUGCAGCCCCCAGGCAAGGUGCUGCCUCCGCGUCGGCUCCCCUCGGGACCAUCACUGCCAUCUUCUUCCUCUUCCUCCUCCUCUUCUUCUUCCUCUUCCUCGGCUCCUCAGAGGCCGGGAGGCCCCACCACCACCCACGGAGAUGCAUCCUGCAGCAGCACCUCCCUGGCAGAGGCCCCACCGCCCCAGGCUGCUGCACCACAGAAGCCCCAGGCUCACCCACAGCUCAACAAGUCGCAGUCCCUGACAAAUGCGUUCAGCUUCUCUGAGUCCUCCUUCUUCCGGUCUUCAGCCAAUGAGGAUGAAGCUAAAGCGGAGACCAUCCGGAGCUUGAGGAAGUCCUUUGCCAGCCUCUUUUCAGAUUAGCUCUUCAGAUACACGAGGGCGAG